AUGCGACGCGGCCAGAGCCCCGUGCAGCUGCCGCCGUGUCCUCGGCGCCGUCCUCCGCCCGUCCAGCCGCCGCUAUCGCCCUGGCGCCGCAGUCCUGCCCCCAAGGACACGUCCUGCGAGGCGUCCUGCGCGCGCUACUCCUGCUUCGUGCUGCUCGCCGUCCUCGUCGCGACGACCACGCUGCUAGCCACGCCGGCGCUGCUGCUGACGCGGCUCGAUCCGUGGCGGCGGGACCACUUCACGCUGGACGAAGACCUGCGAAGCUCGCGGGACCACAGCGUGCACCCGUGCGACGACUUCUACCGGCACGUCUGCAGCAACUGGGACGCCAAUUCGCGACGUCGCAGCCCGCCGCUGAGCAAGUACAAAGCCAUCUUCGACAGUCACGUGGUCAAGCGCCACCUAUUGCGUUCCCUUCCCAAGCACUCGCACAGGGCCCGAGACAAGGCAACGGCGCUGCUGAUCAAGUGUUUCAGCCGGGGCGGCAGGCAGGGCUCGUGGACUAUUCAGAAGUUUCUGCUCGACGUCGGUCUUCCCUGGCCGCACAAGUCCCCAGCCUCGAGACCCGAGCUCCUCGGCACGCUCGUCAAGUCGUCGUUACACUUCGGCAUACACAUAUUCUGGGCCUUUUUCGUGGGUCGUCAUCCAUCACGCCCGAACCAGAAUGUCAUUUACACGACCUUAGACGAACGGUGCAUCGACUGGAUCGGGAACUUCGAGCGGCUCAGAGAUUAUGUCAAGCACCGCGAUUAUCUCAGACGCUGCGCUGAAAUCCUGGGCGGCACCGGGCAGUCGUACUCGCGGAUGAUCGAGGCCGUAACGGUGGCGCACACCGAUAUUGCCCAACUGGUGUUCCGCUUCUGGGACCCGCAAGCCACUCCAGCCUUCCUUGAACUCGGUGACGCCGAGCUUCGCCGUGCCCUCAACGGUCAUCUUGCGGACGAUUCGCAGUUGUGGCCCGAAGACAAGAUUGUGAACCUGCAGCCCGAGCUAUUCGCUCAGCUGAACGCCACCCACUUCAGCCACGACAAUUUCACCGAGAACUUCAAGCUUUUCCUCGGCGCGUACGCGGUGUGGUUGCUGUCGCCGUACGCCUCGCGUUACCUCACCACCUGCAUGCUGGAGGACAUGGGCCUUGCAGCCUAUGAGCGAAGCUACUGGCACCACAAGUGUAUGCUGACUCUCGAGGAGACCCUGCCGCUGGCCAAGUGGAAACUCGAACAAGACGCUUCGGUUGACAAGGUUUACACGUCGAAAAUGCUGCACCUCGCCAAGCGAUCCCUCAACGCGUUCAAUGCUCUAUACAGUGACGCUCUCGAGAACUAUAUCGCAGACGCUAUGGCUGGUGUUGUGCUCAACGCCCGGAACAUGACUCUGACGUGGCACAUGCUGGACCGGACGUACGCCUACGUACCUUUCGACACCAGGGCGGGGUUGUUCGACCUGUACAUACGCAUAUGCACCGCGGGCAUGAGCAUCCUCAAGAAGUCGUUGCGCCAGCCUAGGCAGACCGCUCUUCACGCGCCAGGGAUCGCCAGCUACGGACUGUACCGCAUCCUCGUGGCUAGGGAAGUCAUGGUCCCCAGCUACAUGAGGGCGCUACCACUGUUCGAUGCGCGCCACCCGUUGCCUGUCCUUGUGGCCUUGAUCGGCACCCAUAUCUUGAAGCAGAUGGUCACCCUAGAGCGAUUCAUCCUGUUCUACGACGAAAACUUUGUGCGCCAGAACCUCCCAAUCUUCAGCCAAUUCGGAAUGCUGUUCUCGGACACGGAACGCUACCAGGUGACGGUGAACAACAGCGGCUAUAUCGAUGACCACUACCCGCACGAGGGGCGGGAGAUCGUGGUGGCCGGCUGGGCGAACCGUCUCGCCAGCAGCAUCCCGCGCCUGCCGGAGGCCCGAGCCAUCGCGAAGGCCACGAGCGCGGCGAACAGCCGAGACGGCAGGCGCCGGUCUUUCGGCGGCGUCCCCGAGGACCAGCUGUACUUUUUGGUCACGUGCUUCACGCACUGCGGUGCCGCUGGUCGCGCCCUCCAGUUGCAGAAGGUCAUCUGCAACGCGGUCCUGCCUGCCGUAGCAGCGUUCCGACAAGCCUUCGAAUGUCGGCCGCAUCAUCUGCUCGUGACUGACUUCACCUGGCCAGAACCACCCAACGAGACAAGCAGUGCUUCUGUGUAGUGCGACGAAAACCCGCACUGCUGUGUUUAAGCAGGGAAUUACGCUUUCUAAUAGCCCAAGCGCACUGUACUUUCUUUUUAUUUGUCUCAGUAAUUGCAACCCGUCCAUUCUAAAUGUAUAGAACGCCUUGCAAUGUCGACACCCGAAGUUAACGACUAUAUUGCAAGUUUCAGCGAAAUGCGCAGGAACUAACGCUCCGCUAAAGCGCUGUGCAUUAGUUUAUGGAAUCGCAAAGCUGGUGGACUCCGCUCCCCUGUGCGUUUGCUUAUGGACGUGUUUUCGAAUGUUUUCCUUGUGAAAGGGUUUUCAGGAGUUCCCUCCGAAGUUCAAUGAUUCACCGCAUUCUUUUA